AUGCAGGACAAAAUUGAAAACAUAAGUACCAACAACACACAAGUAGAUAACGCGGCUCUUCGCCAGCAAGUAAUGGAGGCUAUAGACCUUAUAUUGAGGCCACAAACAGACCUUGAUAACAUUGCAGACACUAUUUUUAGGGCACAAACUUCAUUAUCCCUCCUUAUCCAAUCUGAUACAGAGGAUGUUGAGUUAUCGCAAGUUGAGUUGCCAUCUGAUAGAGACGAUGUGGAGAAGCUAACUCAAAUAAUAAUUGCAGGUCAUCAUGUUAACGCAGAAUCAGAGUGUUCGAUUUGCACCGAGCCUUUCCAAGUCGGGGAUGAUGCUCGACAGAUGCCUUGUCAUGAAUCUUACAUAUUCCAUGCUCGCUGCCUUGUUCAAUGGCUGGAAAGGCGUAAUACUUGUCCCAUCUGUAGAACUCGCUUGCUCUGUCCGAUAAAUGGAAGUCCAGACUAUGAGAGCGAGGAAUUUAUCACAUCCACAACCUCUAUUAUAAUGCUAGUAGGAGGUUUAGUAAUGGGUAUUUUAAAAUUACGAGGAUGUGAAUGCAUUUGA